GAGGGUGCCGCGUUUGAAUCGCGGGGCGACGGGGGGCGGGCGGCCGGAGCUUGCCACGUUGCUGCCGGCGGCGGCGGCUCCGCGCGGCCCGGCCGGAAGGGGGAGAGGCUCGGCGGGGGACGGCGGCGCCCGGCCAUGGCCGGAGGCGGCCGCUGAGGAGAGAGGGAGCGGCUGGGCGGCUCGCCCGGGCCCCACCGGGGGAAGGGAGAAGGGGGCGCGAUGCUGGCCGGCAGCCUGGUGGAGGAGUUCGAGAUCCGCGAGGAUGAGCCCUGGUACGACCAGCAGGACCUGCAGCAAGAUCUUCACCUUGCUGCUGAGCUUGGGAAGACACUACUGGAUCGAAACACUGAAUUAGAGGAAUCUUUACAGCAAAUGUAUGCAACAAACCAAGAGCAACUGCAGGAGAUAGAGUAUCUCACAAAGCAAGUGGAGCUCUUACGUCAAAUGAAUGAUCAACAUGCAAAAGUCUACGAGCAGCUGGAUGUGACAGCAAGAGAACUAGAAGACACUAAUCAAAAACUAGUUGCGGAGAGCAGAGCUUCACAACAAAAGAUACUAAGCUUGACAGAGACUAUUGAAAAUCUGCAAACACACAUAGAUGACCUUCAAAGACAAGUAGAAGAACUGAAAAAGACUGGACGAGGCCGGAUGAGCCAUGAGAGAUCUGACCAGCCAAGAUCAAUGCAUAGUUUCUCGUGUUUGAAGGAGCUGUAUGACCUUCGCCAGUAUUUUGUUUACGAUCAUGUGUUUGCAGAAAAGAUAACUUCAAUGGAUAGUCAACUAAGUCCUCUAGAAGAAGAAAAUGAGAACUUAAAAAAGGCAGUUACAGUUCUGCAAGCCCAACUUAACCUAGAAAAAGAGAAGAGGAUAACCAUGGAAGAGGAAUAUAGUCUUGUGGUAAAAGAAAACUGUGACCUUGAACAGAGGCUUGUUGAUGUAGACUUGUAUCGGGCUCGUGCAGAGGAGUUGGAAGUGGAAGUAGCUGAAAUGCGCCAAAUACUUCAGUCUGAAAACACAUUCCAUAAUGCAGAGAAAUUGGUGCCAGAAUCAUUUUUCAUUUCAUUCAAGGAAUCCUUAGAAAGGGAACUUGGUCAGAGCCCAGCAGAUGAUGGACUUCUGACUGUAUGUGAGCUUGACAAGAAGGCACUGAAGCGGAGCAGUAGUGAAACUUUCCUAAGUAGCGCUGCAGGGGGAGACAUUCUAAGGGGCCACGAAGAAACGUGUAUUAGGAGAGCAGAAGCUGUGAAGCAACGAGGAAUCUCUGUGCUUAAUGAAGUUGAUGCUCAGUAUAAUGCUCUGAAAGUGAAGUAUGAGGAACUUUUAAAGAAGUGUCAAAUCGAUGAAGAUUCUUUGAAACACAAGGCUGUACAAACACUGAAGCAGUAUUCCAAAGACCUUAAUGUGGGAAAUACACAGUAUGAUCUUUCAGCUAGCAAUCAAGAAUUCACAAAUGUGGAGCUAAGUGACUCUCCUGCAAAUGCUCCUCCUGAAUAUAAAGCGCUCUUCAAGGAGAUCUUUAGCUGUAUCAAAAAAACAAAGGAAGAAAUAGAUGAACACAGAUCUAAGUACAAGUCCCUCUCUUCUCAGCCCUAACACUGGACCUUCUGAUGACCCAUUUUCUGUUGAUGACUAAUUUGUUAUUCAAAGAGGGGAAUACCUUUAUACAAAUGUCAAAAGACCCCUUACACUGUUUCUUUUAGCACUCAAAAUGAAUGUUUUCAAUUGGUUUGUAGACAUGUAGUUAACAAGCUGGUUAGACUAGCAGUCUCCUUGUACCUAUGUAGCAAUAGAUUUAAUGUUGUUGAGCACUGUCACACAAACCAGUGGUUGGAAAGCAAACAAACAUCAUAGCUUAAUACCACACUACUUCAUACUACACAAUGUCUGUCCAGAGUAGUAAUUGCCACUAGUUUCCCUAGUCCACUUCAUAUUAACAGAGCUAAGAAAUCUGUUCAGUACUUCUCACAAGGAACCAGGCUAUAAAGCUUUUCUUUGGCUUGCAGGUGAUAAUCUAGCCCUGUAACUAUAUAAAAUGAUGUAGAAAAUGAACAAAAACAAAGACCCUGACCAGUAUCAUGGGCAGCCUCUCCUUGAGUCUUGAGAAUGAAGUGAACAGUCUAGCUGAAUGUGCUUUGGCAGGGAGGUGGAGAGCUCGCACGGUAGCUUGCACUGUGCUUAGUUUAACUUAAUACCACGUUUUCACAUGCACUCAGCUCUCCCACAGGUUGGUAUAAAUGUCUUCUUACUAAGGAAGGAUUUGACAAAGUUUGUGUGGCUUUUAGGUAUGGUGUCUUAUAUAGGGAACUUUGUCUUAAGGCAAGAUACUGUGAAUUGAUUAUGUAUGUUAUUUGGGACCUACUGUUCUUUUUUGGUGGAAUGCCUGCAAAGUACAUACAUGUGUGUAUUUGGUAAGAUAGAAAGUUGCAAUUUACCUAUUUAACUUUAGCAGUAGCAUUGAUAUAGUGGAAUAGCUUUUAAGCCUACAUACCCCAAGCUCCCAGUGCUUGAAGGAGACAGGUCAGGUAAAACCUUACAUGGGUUUGUCUGUUGCUUCCAGUGUCAACUUCUGUGGACCUAUUCCAUGCUGCCUAUGGGGUGGAUGCAACACUGCCAGAACAUAGCCUUCUGAAAACAGGGGCCCAUGUUCUUGUUCUUCCUCUCCUUCUCUACUCCCUAAUGGUAAGUUCAUAGGUUUUCAAAUUCUGGAAAACAAAACAUGAAGAUGUUCUUUAAAACUGCUUUGAAGCGUGAAGAAUGGAAAACAAAAGCUAAGCAAUUAAGGAGAAGGAGGACACCAGGAGAGGCAACAUCCUUCUUAUAAAGUAUCUCAUAACUUAAUUUGUUCAACUGUUCUUGGGAACCACCUACUUACUGCCUUGUCUGAGUUGCUGCAAUACACCAAACAAUUGAAAGUGUGUUGACAAUUUCUCAGCUCUAGUUCAGCUGCUAUUACAGUUCUGUCUGCCUUAUGUACCCUGUUAAGCUUGUGUAUAGCUGUCAUUCAGUUGCAGUAUUAAGACUUCAUUCAUAUUGUGGGAAUUUCUCAAAAACAUGUUGCAUUCUUUAAAAUUAUUUAAAUAUGGGAAUCUGAAUGUUCUGAAUAUUUUUCUAAGCAAAUAAAUGAGCCAGUCAAGCUA